CGAAGCUGUGGCGCGCGCGGCCCGGGAGCGCCUAGAGGCGGCGGCUCCCGGGGCGCCCGGAGGUCUGGCCGGGCAGCUGGAGGCGCUGCGGGCGCGGUUGCUGGAGGAUAUGGCCGUUGUGCGGGGCCGCCUGGCCCCCGCCUACCCCGCCGGCCUGGGCGCCUUCGGCGUCUACCUGCGCGGCUACCACGGGGCCCUGGCCGAGUGGCUGGGGGCCUCUGCCCGUCGCAGGCUGCCGCUGGCCGACCGCUACGCGCUGCUGCACUGGCACAAUCAGGUCUACCCCAGAGAGGUCUUAGGGUUGGUGGACAUGGCUGCCCUGGAGAAUGGGGAGCUGGGGCCCCUUUUGUCCCCUGGCACCCUGCGGGGUUUGGAGGAUGAAUGCGUCACAGAUGUUAAGGCUCAGACCAGGGCCGCCCUUCUCCGAGUGCUGCAGGAGGACGAGGAGCACUGGGGGAGCCUGGAGGACCAGCACAGCAGCCUGGCCCAGGAUGUGUGUGAGCUGCUGGAAGAGCACACAGAGCGAGCGCCCCGCAUCAGCCAGGAGUUUGGGGAGCGGAUGGCCCACUGCUGCUUGGGGGGGCUGGCAGAGUUCCUGCAGAGCUUCCAGCAGCGCGUGGAGCGAUUCCAUGAGAACCCAGGAGUCCGGGAGAUGCUACCUGACACCUAUAUCAGCAAGACCAUCGCCCUGGUCAACUGCGGCCCCCCGCUGAGAGCUCUGGCCGAGCGCCUGGCCCGGGUGGGGCCCCCAGAAAGCGAGCCGGCCCGGGAAGCAUCUGCUAGUGCUCUGGACCAUGUGACCCGGCUCUGCCACCGUGUGGUGGCCGACCUGCUGUUCCAGGAGCUGCAGCCACACUUCAACAAGCUGAUGCGCCGGAAGUGGCUGAGCAGCCCGGAGGCCCUGGAUGGCAUCGUGGGCACGCUGGGUGCCCAGGCCCUGGCCCUGCGCAGAAUGCAGGAUGAGCCUUACCAGGCGCUGGUGGCCGAGCUGCACCGGCGGGCGCUGGUCGAGUACGUGCGGCCCCUGCUCCGUGGGCGCCUGCGCUGCAGCUCGGCGCGGACCCGCAGCCGCGUGGCUGGGAGGCUCCGGGAGGACGCUGCGCAAUUGCAGAGGCUGUUCCGGCGGCUGGAGUCCCAGGCCUUGUGGCUGGACGCCGUGGUGCCCCAUUUGGCUGAAGUCCUGCAGCUGGAAGACACGCCCAGCAUCCAGGUGGAGGUGGGAGUGCUGGUGCGCGACUACCCAGACAUCAGGAGGAAGCACGUGGCAGCCCUCCUCGACAUCCGUGGCCUGCGCAACACAGCCGCCCGCCAGGAGAUCCUGGCCGUGGCCCGGGACCUGGAACUCUCUGAGGAGGGAGCCCUGUCGCCCCCUCGGGACCGUGCCUUCUUUGCAGACAUCCCCGUGCCCCGCCCAUCUUUCUGUCUCAGCUUCCCUCUCUUCCUGGGCCGCCUCCCCCUCUCCCGGCUGGCCAGGCCCAGUUUGGCCUGUCUGCCCCGGCCCCGGCCUCCGUCUCUAGUGCGGCCUCGGGCCCGGCGCUGAGGGUCACCCAGCCGCCUGCCUUAGUGACCCCAUCUAUGCUGCUGACAAGCCAACCUCCCGUACGGCGCCUCUCCUGACUCCCUGCCUGGGAUCACACACCCCUGGGAUAGAAAGACCCUUAGAUGUCUUCUCACUCAACCCCAAACUCCCUGUACAGAAGGGAAAUGAAGGCCAGGCACGGUGGCUCAUGCCUGUAAUCUCAACACUUUAGGAGGCUGAGGCCGGAGGAUUGCUUGAGUCCAGGAGUUCAAGACCAGCCUGGGCAACAUAGUGAGACCUGCCCCCUAUCUCUACAAAAAAUAAAAAAUUAGCUGGGCAUGGUGGUGUGUGCCUAUAGUCCCAGCUAUUGGGGAGGCUGAAGUUGGAGGAUCGCUGGAGUUUGAGGCUGCAGUGAGCUAUGAUUGUGCCACUACACUCCAGCCUGGGCAACAAAGCAAGACCCUUUCUCAAAAAAAAAAAAAAAAAAACAGGUGGGGGAAACAGAGGCCAAAGAGACAAAGGACUUUCCCAAGGCCGUGAAGCCUGUUCCCAGCACCUCCCCUCCUGCCAUAGCCCAGAGUGGUGAGUGGCGUUCUGGAAGUCUCUACAGAAAUAUCCCAGCUCCCCCGCCCCUUUCCCCCACCUCAAGGUCUGGCCCCAAUCCAAUGUAUUAAGGAACGUUCGAUACUUAGAAUAAAGAGGUUUCUAUUUAACACAA